CUCCAUUAUGCACCAGCACCAUGUCCACGCUUCCGUAAGUUCAUUUUUUAUCAAACACCCGUGAAUUGCUUAGCUUGACCAAAAGGCUCCUCCCUUGAGAUCAAAAUGCUGCGCAGAAAGGCGGGGGACUUGCUCAAGAAGAGCCCCAACGACGUGGUCAUCCUAUCCGCCGUGCGAAGUCCCAUUACACGGGCGUUUAAAGGUGGUUUCAAGGACGUCUAUCCCGAGGAGAUUCUGAUGCCAGUCAUGCAAGCAGCCGUACAGCGGGCCAACAUCGAGCCUGGCCAAGUUAACGAUGUCCUCAUCGGGAACGUCCUCGCAGAGCUGGGCUUCGCCAAAACCGGUCGCAUGGCACUCAAUGCCGCUGGUUUUCCUAAUUCAACUACCUUCCACACUGUCAACCGUCAAUGCUCAAGCAGUCUCCAGGCUAUCACGCAUGUAUCCCACUCGAUUCUGGCGGGGCAACUCGAUGUCGGUCUUGCCGGCGGGGUGGAAAGUAUGUCUCGGAAUUAUGCCACACGUGGAGUCCCAGUGGAUGUGUCUGCGAUAUUGAAAGAGUCACCCGUGAAGGAUGCUCGUGACUGUCUUAUGCCGAUGCUGCAGACCUCUGAGAAUGUGGCAUCGCGGUACGGAAUUAGUCGGCGUGAGCAGGAUGAGUUCGCCGCGGAGAGCCAGAGACGAGCGAGUGAGGCGCAAAAGGCGGGCAGAUUCAAUGCUGAAAUCGUCCCAAUUCGCGCUAGACAUGUCAGUGAGGGUAUUGAUGAGAUUACCUAUCACGUUGUGGAGCGCGAUGAGGGCGUCCGUCAUGGAGCUACCGUUGAGAAGUUAUCGACACUCAAGCCCGUUCUGGAAAAUGGCUUCAGUACGGCCGGAAACUCUUCUCAAAUCUCCGACGGCGCAUCAAGCACCGUCCUCGCUCGUCGGUCCUGGGCUGAUGCUCAUGGCCUGAAGCCCAUCGCCCGAUUUGCCGGUACUCAGAUUGCUGGCUGUGCUCCCGAUGAAAUGGGCAUUGGUCCUAUUUUUGCUAUUAGGAACUUGCACAAAUAUCUUGGUAUCGAAAACAAGGAUGUCGAUCUGGUGGAGAUGAACGAGGCAUUUGCCAGCCAGUCAAUUUACUGUCUUCGAGAGUUAGGCAUUGACAUGAGCAAGGCUAAUUGCAACGGCGGAGCUAUCGCACUCGGUCAUCCUGUAGGUGCGACUGGCGCGCGGCAGACUGCUACUCUUCUUGCGGAGCUACAGCGACAGGAUAAGGAGAUUGGGAUUGUGAGCAUGUGUGCUAGUACUGGCAUGGGAGUAGCAUCCCUUUUCAUUCGAGAGUAGGAAUGGCCAUGGUCUCCCAUACUUAUGACUAUCGAUCGAUUUGGAGUCUAGGUCGCUAGAACCCUCGCCCACCUCUCUUUGCCCUCUAUCAUUCAAGUCCUCGACUCGUUUUGCUGGUCGCCUUGAGUUUCAUGUCAAUGAAAUAGCUUAUAGGCUUCAAAUACUUAGGGUUUUGAGAGGCUAGGCUAUCCCUAGAUACUUUAAGUGGGAUAGAUCUUGAUGAUACGGUUUCAAGGUCCUUGCAAACAGGCUCAAAAAGAGAUCUCCAGAAACGUCAACGGGCAAGCCACAGUGCAUACUCAUUGAAUACUCACAAGGCUGUAAUCAAGUAUGAAACCUUGGUCAUCCGAGGGGUAAUAUAAAAGAUAUCAGGUCAAUAAUCG